CAACUACACACGAAUACACGACACAGGAGAAUCAGGAUCUUCGAAAUCAUAUCAGGAAUAUCUAAAUUUUUAUCCAGCCUACCCCCUUGGCCACAGAUAUUAUUUUUAACUUCUUAGUAUUACUACUUUCUAAAUUAAAAAAGCAGUGUAGCUUCAUUAAAAUAAAUCCUUUACAAUAAAAAUUUGGAAGAAAAGAAAAAGAAAACCGAUUUUUUGUUACAGAUGGCAUUCAGACAUGGAAUCUUUCCGAAACCAUUGCAGCAAUAUCCGCCAUAUUGGCACUUUAUCUACUAACAGUUUUAAAAAUUUUGCCGCAAUAUAUGAAGACUAGAGAACCAUAUAAGUUUAAAGAUUUUCUUCUGUUUUACAAUGCUUUUCAAGUCGCCUCUUCUAUUUACAUCGUUUUUAUGUAUGCCCGGUAUUUAAUAAUAAAUGGGUUAUUUCCGUCUGAAUGCACCGACAAGGAGGCGAUGGAAUUGAUAAUCAAAGACAUCUACCCGUACUUCAUCGCAAAACACAUCGACCUCCUUGACACGGUGUUUUUCGUUCUGCGGAAGAAGGAUAAUCAGAUCACGUUCCUGCACUUGUACCACCAUUCCGCUAUGGUGGCCUGGACCUGGCUUCAUCUUAUGCAUCAUCCAACAGACCAGUUCGUGUUCGUCGGCUUGCUCAAUAGCUUUGUACACGUGCUCAUGUACGCUUAUUAUGGAAUAUCCUCCUUGGGGCCGGAGUACGCGAAGUAUGUGUGGUGGAAGAAACAUCUAACUAAAGUCCAGCUGAUGCAGUUCGUCCUAGUAGUGACCAACCUCUACUACCAACAUAAGCUGAGCCCGUGCCCUAUUCCCCUUUACUUUCACUACUUCUGCCUAACUUGCAUCAUCUCCUUCUUCUUUCUCUUUAUGAAGUUCUACUUCAACAGCUAUAAAACUCGAACAACGAUAAAAAAACCCAGUGAAGGAAAAUUUGAUGACACUCGUGAUGCAUUACUGAAAUUUGAUUAAAUUUUGUUAUGCAAUAAACAGCUACACUUGUAGUUCAUAAUGAA